GUUUCGUCAUCACCAACACGGAAGUGUAUGUGUGUAAUAUGGUGGACAGCCGCAGACUGUCAGGUGACCGCGUGAAUCAGACUCUUUAUUCGGAUAAGCAGUGAGCCGGAUGGUGUAGCAGGAGCGGCGGAGCGGCGGAGCGUUGGGGUUAGCGGCGAGCAGCGGGAGAGAUGCGGAGUCAUGGCGAUCGUCGGUUCGUUGCUGAAGCUGCUGCAGCGGCAGACCUACACCUGUCUGUCCCACCGCUACGGGCUGUACCUGUGUUUCGGCGGGCUCGUGCUCAUGAUCGUGUCCGCCUUCCAGUUCGGAGAGGUGGUGCUGGAGUGGAGUCGGGAUCAGUAUCAUGUCCUGUUUGAUUCCUACAGAGACAAUGUGGCUGGUAAAUCCUUCCAGACCAGGCUGUGUUUGCCCAUGCCUAUUGACGUGGUGUACACGUGGGUGAACGGUACUGAUGCUGAUCUUCUGAAGGAUCUACACACCGUGAAACAACAGCUGGAAGAGGAGCAGAGAAAGCUAAGAGAGAAGCUGGGGCAGAACGCGAGCGACACGACUGAGGCGCCCAAAGGAAGGCCCGAGUGCCUGCUGUCGCACUGCAUCGUGGGUCCGGCUCUGGUGUUGGACCCGGCGUUGUCCUCUAACGUCUCGGUGAAGGAGCUGUCGUCUAAAUCCGGCGCUCUGUCCUCCACCAAGCAGCUCCUGCAGGCCGCCAAACCCCUCCAGCCGUCCAGCAGUGUGUCUGUGCUUCUCUUCCACUCGCAGAGUGAAGCGGAUAAAGCUCACUCGGACGCCCCGAAGGAGUUUCCGAAGCACUCCGUCUCCAGAGCGUAUCUGACGACAGAUAAAGAGGCUCCGGGUCUGGUGAGGGUUCAGACGCUGGCCUACCUGAGUGGCUUCCCGUCCUCCUUCAAAGACACCGAGCAGCUGAGGGUCAAACUGCCGUCUGUGCUGACGAGCAAAAUCAAACAGCUUCAGCUGUACUCCGAAGCCAGCAUCGCUCUCCUGCACCUGAACACAGCCCAGGACUUCGCAGAUCUCCAACAACAGGCCAAGAAGAACCUGACCGUGGACGGUAAAGAGCUCACCGUCAGUCCCGCGUACCUGUUCUGGGACCUCAGUGCCGUCUCACAGUCGAAGCGGGACGAGGACGUGUCUGCCAGCCGCUUCGAGGACAACGAGGAGCUGCGCUAUUCGCUGCGCUCGGUGGAGAGACACGCCCCUUGGGUGCGACAUAUCUUUAUUGUGACCAAUGGGCAGAUCCCCUCCUGGCUAAACCUGGACAACCCCCGCGUUACUGUGGUUACCCAUGAGGAGAUCUUCCAGAACCAGUCCCAUCUGCCAACGUUUAGCUCUCCAGCCAUCGAAACACACAUCCAUCGAAUUCCAGGCCUCUCGCAGAAGUUUAUCUACCUCAACGAUGACGUGCUCUUUGGCAAGGACGUGUGGCCUGAUGAUUUCUACAGCCACUCGAAGGGCCAGAAGGUAUACCUGACCUGGCCUGUUCCUAAUUGUGCUGAGGGCUGCCCAGGCUCCUGGAUCAAAGAUGGCUAUUGCGACAAGGCGUGCAAUAAUUCUGCCUGUGACUGGGACGGUGGAGAUUGUCUAGGUGGAGCAGGCAGCAGUCGUUUUGGGGGCGGGGCUGUUGGGGGAGUGGUGGGAGGAGCUGGACAGCCAUGGCAGUUUGCUGGUGGUUUAGGAGGCCUGGGCGGGGUGUCUUUCUGCAACCACGGCUGUGCCAACUCUUGGUUGGCCGAUAAGUUCUGUGACCAGGCGUGCAACGUGCUGGCCUGCGGGUUUGACGUGGGAGACUGCGGACCAGACCACUUCAGUAAGCUGCAUCGCGUCGUUCUGCAGAGGAACCAGACGCUCUACACCUUGCCUCAAGGCGAGCUACGUCCGUACUUCAGCUUUUCGUCUCUGGCCAAUCGGGUUUCAGAGGCACUGGUCAGCGACAACCCCGUGGUGCGCCACACGUCCGUCGCCAACAAGUGGAAAACGGUGCACCUGCUCCUGCUGGAGGGCUACAACGCCACCCAAAUCCACUACAACCUCACCUUCCAGGGCGAUCAGGACUUCACCAUGAGCUUUACUCUCGCAGUGGACACUCGCAAGCUUCCUAAACCGAACACGUCAGAAACGGUUUCCAAUAAAACGGAGGUCCAAAAUAACGACCCUGAGCCCACCAGGGCAAACCUGGAACCGGAGUUUGUGUUCUCGGACAUCCCGGUCGAGAAGCAAGGGCCCCGAGUGCAAAAAGAGCCCCCCGUAGGGUUCGACGCGGUCGUAGAGGUGCCUGUGAUGAACACAUCUCUUCUGCCUGAGGAAGUGAGGCACGAGCUGCAGAUGCUGGAUGAGAAGAUUCGACUAGGGGACAUCACUGAGAGAGGCUACAAUUUGACCAAAGCCAAAUUACUGAAGGCUUUCCAGAGAAAGCUUUCUGAGCUACAGGGAAACAACGGAGCGUUUAAGAAUCAGGAAGCAGCAGGGAAUAAAAGAGAAACAGGAGGUUCUCCCGUCCCGGUUAAGAUCGACAGCGCGCCUCUCCAAGAGCAGUCUCGAGCCACGGGCACGGAGAAACUCCCUCCCUCCAGACUGCUCGGUUCACUGGUAGGGAACCACGCCGGGCAGCAGCUUCACCACGGAGACGGGGAAGACGACGUCGUACAGCGUGUGGGCCGUAAGCUCCGACAGUACCCGGGGAUCGAACGGAGCUUCCUGCCGUGGGAAAAGAGCAAAUAUUUCGAGGACCUUCUCGAGGAAGGGGAGCGGCUGGAGCGAGAGCUGCAGUACAAGACCGACGGCACGGCAACAGGACGGAGAUUGCAGGACACCUUUGCCGAUUCUCUUCGCCACGUUAACAAGCUCCUGAACGGCAAAUUUGGCUUCACGUCUCGCAAAGUGCCCGCGCACAUGCCGCACAUGAUCGACCGCCUCAUAAUGCAGGAGCUGCAGGACACCUUCCCUGAAGAGUUCGACAAGACUUCCUUCCACCGCGUGCGCCACUCCGAGGACAUGCAGUUCGCCUUCUCUUAUUUCUAUUUUCUGAUGAGCGCUCUGCAGCAGCUCGACGUGUCGCAGGUCUUCGACGAGAUCGACACCGACCACUCGGGGGUGCUGUCUGACCGGGAAAUCCGCACGCUUGCGACUCGCAUCCACGAGCUCCCGCUCAGCCUACAGGACCUUACUGGUUUGGAGCAGAUGCUGAUAAACUGCUCAAAGACUCUGCCCGCUAAUCAGACCGAGCUCCACACGGUUAACCCCACCCAGGAGGCCUACUACGACCCCGGCAUGCCUCCAGUUACUAAAGGUCUGGUGAUUCACUGCAAGCCCAUCGCAGAGAAGAUUCAGAAAGCCUUCAAGGACCAGAACAAAUACAAGUUCGAGAUCAUGGGAGAGGAGGAGAUUGCUUUUAAAAUGGUACGAACCAACGUGUCCCACGUGGUAGGCCAGCUGGAUGACAUCAGGAAAAACCCGAGGAAGUUCAUCUGCUUGAACGACAACAUCGACCACAGCCAUAAGGACGCCGGCACAGUGAAAGCCGUGCUGAAGGAUUUCUACGAGUCCAUGUUCCCGCUGCCGUCGCAGUUCGAGUUGCCACGCGAGUACCGCAACCGCUUCCUCCACAUGGCCGAGCUGCAGGAGUGGCGAAUAUAUCGGAACAAGUUGAAGUUCUGGACUCACUGCGUACUGGUCACGCUGGUCGUUUUCACAGUCCUCUCCUUCUUUGCGGAACAGCUGAUCGUGCUGAAGCGGUGGCUCUUCCCCAGGCGCAGGGUCAGCAAGCAGGCCGAACGUGUGUGACGCCGAGGGCGAGAGAACAUGGCCGGAGAGGCUGACACACUCCUCGUGUAGGGAUGUGGACUAACCCCGUGCAGACUCUCUCUUUCUUUUCCUGCUGGAGGAGGAGGAGGAAGAAAUCUCUUACCAAAGUUUAUGAUGAGAAACUGAAUGACUGAGUAGGACGGUUGCAUGCUUCCUCCAUGUGAUGGUGUGUGUGUGUGUGUGUGUGUGUGUGUGUGUGUGUGUGAGUGGAGAUCACCUCAGACACUCCGUUUUGUGCGAUUGCUGUCCUAAACUCAGCGGAAGACUGUCGACAUCUUUAUUGUCACACUGCAUUUAUUAUUAUUGUUAUUUUUAACCGAAGCCGUCUCGUCAUCCUGCAUACCAGUGCCUUCUUCUACCGAGAAGUGAAACGUGAGGGAUCAUCACAACUAAUCAUCGAUGCAUCGUCACUCUUUUUUUUUUUUUUUUUCUCUCUCUCUCUCUCUCUCUCUCUUUUCCUAAGAAAAAUAAAAUGUCUUUCUUUCUGAUUCACCCCCCAAGUAUGAUUUUAAACUUGUAAUGUGAACUUUUCCGCAGUGAAGACGGUCGGCGAGGAAAUCUCUCCAGCUUCGGAGUGUGUGGGAAAUGAUUUCAAACUCGUCCACCGUUCACUCCGAGUCCUCGUGCAAGCCAUGCAGAUGUAAAUACUUUGGGGUUUUUUUUUAAUUAUAAUUUUUAGAAAAAUUUAAAUGAGUUAAAACGGUUGGAAAAGUGUAAAAUGGACUGCAGGCAACACGAGGGUUUAUUUUUCCUCCAUUUGUUUCAUUUUAAAUGGUUUUUUUUUUGGGUGUGUUAAAUUUCCUUGUGUUCAGAAAUAAAAUGUAAAUUACA